GGACCAGAGGAUGUGGGUGGGACUUCCGGCGCCGCUGUUGUGGCAGUCACUAUGACUGCUCCCGUGUCCGGCUGCGAUACGAGUCCUUCAGGAGAGCGGAGUCAGGAUCGGGGUGACCAGAGAGAGGAGGCUUUAGAGGAGAGGUGGUCCCCACUGCACAGCGGCGAGUCUUUAGGGCCGCGGCGGUAGAUGACGAUUAUAUACGAGUUCCGUCUCUGUCACCCACCACCCAAGACCCCGCUCCUCCCAGACUCCGAUGGCAGCGGCCGCGCCGAGGGACCCGCCUCAGACUCCCAUGACUACAGAAGUGCUUAUGGACUGUACAAAGUUUGUUUGCAUGGAACAGAGAAUAAAGAGACACCUUCUGAGCAAAAUGUUUCCCUAGAAGCUUUGUCACAGGUCAGGACUCCAAAGGUAGGUCCAAUCAGCCAGAAGGCUCACCCCUGUGAGAAAUGUGUCCCAAUCCUGAAAGACAUUUUGCACCUGGCUUACCUACCUGGGCAGAAAGCAUACUUGAUUGGGGCAUGUGCAAACCUACGACAGCUUCAGAAGCAUUUCAGUGCAAAGAAAAGUGACAUGGAUAGGGCAUCAUUUGUAAAGAGUUGCAUAUUCCAUGUGUCAGGGCAUCCCUUCACCAGUAGGAAGGUUGGAAAGGACUUCCUAGCCACUUUGGGUCUUCUCCAGCACCAGAUCACUCCCACUGGUGAGAAACCCAACAAAAUCACCAAGUGUGGUGAGGCCUUUCAUGGUAGGAAAAGUCAUUACAAGUUGCGUGAAUGUGGGAAAGCUUCCAGCUACAAACAGAGUCUUGUUUACCACCCAAGAGUCUCCACUAGGAAAAGGGUAUAUGAGUCUAGCAAAUAUGGUAAAGCCUUGUGCUGUAAGUACUCACUUAUUCAGCUCCAGAGAGUACACACUGGAGAAAGGCCUUACGAGUGCAGUGAAUGUGGAAAAUCUUUUAGGCAAAGAGCCACCCUCAUUAUACACCAGAGAGUUCACACUGGAGAAAGGCCUUAUAAAUGUGGAGAGUGUGGAAAAUCCUUUAGUCAGUGCUCCAAUCUUAUUGAACACUGCAGAAUUCACAGUGGAGAAAGACCUUAUGAGUGUGAGGAAUGCGGAAAAGCCUUUGGGUGCAAAUCCAAUCUUGUUCGGCACCAGAGAACCCACACUGGAGAAAAGCCUUAUGAGUGCAGUGAAUGUGGGAAAUUCUUUAGACAAAGCUUCACCCUUGUUCAACACCGGAGAAUUCACACCACAGCAAGGCCUUUUGUGUGUGUCCACUGUGGGAAAUCCUUUAGCCAAAGAGCCACUCUCAUUAGACACCAGAGAGUUCACACUAGUGAAAGGCCUUAUGAGUGUGGGGCAUGUGGGAAAGCCUUUGGAUCCAAAUCCAAACUCGAUCGGCAUAACAGAAGUCACACUGGAGAAAGGCCUUAUGAGUGUGCUGAAUGCGGGAAGUCUUUCAGACAAAGCUACAGCCUCGUUGAACACCAGCGAAUUCAUAGUAGAACAAGGCCCUUUGAGUGUGGCCAGUGUGGGAAGUCCUUUAGCAGAAGAGCCAUCUUCACUAAACACCAGAGAAUUCACACUGGAGAAAGGCCUUAUAAAUGUGGCGAGUGUGGGAAAUCCUUUAGUAGAAGCACCAGCCUUAUUCAGCACUGCAGUAUUCACACUGGGGCAAGGCCUUAUAAGUGUGGGCAGUGUGGGAAGUCCUUCAGGCAAAAGUCUGUCCUUAUUCAACACCAGGUAGUUCACACUGGAGAAAGGCCUUAUGAGUGUGGCGAAUGUGGGAAAUCCUUUAGCCAGUGCUCCAGCCUCAAUCUCCACCGAAAAUUUCACACCAGGGAGAGGCCCCAUGAAUGCAGGAAGUAUGGGAAAUCCUUUACUCCAAACAGCUAACAUUGUUUAAUACAAGGAAGUCCACACUUUGAGAAAGGCCUUAGACCUCAAGGAAUUGCUGUCUCCUUGUUCAUUAUAAUAGCACUAGACAGCUUCUGUGAGGGAGCUGUCUGCCUGAACUUGAACCUCAUACUUGCAAACAUCCAGAGGGGCGAAAUUCCCAAUGAAUUCCAGGGACCUGUGAAGCUUACAGGAGCUACAUUCUGUGUUCUAAACUCCCCAGGGCCCUUGCCAGAGUUACAUCUCUGCCAUUUUCUCUGGUAGAACCCAUCUCACCUCUCCUGCCUUGCACAGUAUUUCAUUGGUCACCCUGAUGUGCUAACAGAAGGCAGAUGUCUGUGGUCUCUCCUAUUCCCUGGAGGAAAUCUUGAGUAGUCUGUGCCAUUACAUUUUCCUAUUUCCAACUGAUUAAGUAUGAAUCUGACCCUUCAUCAAAAUUGUUGGUUUCACAUGACAUAUGUGGUUGAUUUUCCUGCCUCAAAGUCACCAACUGGUAAUUGCCUUCCCCCCCGCCAUUGCUCUGGUUUGUGCAGCAAUAAAGAUCUUAUUGUUUAAUCUACCUUUAAUCUCGGGGGUUGUAUUCACUGUGGGGGGUGGGUGGAAAACAGAAUUGGCCUGUUUGUAUGAGGGGAUGGGCCCUCAGCCUCUUGUGCCUCAGCAGGGACAGUAUAAUGACAGGAGAAUAGUUUUCAUUCCAGUUUUGGCCUAAUUUGCAUUGCUCUCCAAGACCUCCUAGGAACUAAAAUAAUGCUUUGUGGUCCUAAUUUGGGACCUGGAAGCCUACAUAUUGUAUGACCACAGGUUACCCUGAGGAGGGUCACUUAUUUUGGCAAGCUCCAGGGCCUUUGAGACUGCCAUGACUUUGUCUCAUAUUCCCAGACGGUGUCCUAUAAUGCCCAGCACUGUUGAGGGGAAGCUUUUCACCAGGUUCUACAAAGGAACCAAGUGUCCUCAUGUUCAUAAUUCUGUGGACUGGUAUCUCUCCUCACACUACAGGAGCUGGGUUUCAACCAUACUUGGUAGUGAAAGCCUGGGUGGGAUUAAU